CGCAAAACGGGGUCGUCUUCGACAGGGUUUUGAGGUUCAAUUUUGUGAAUGAAAAGUAAAGGUGAAGGUGUCGGUGGAUAGUGGAUGUGGUUGCCAAAAACUUCACCGGAGAGACUUCACCAGAAAGCGACGAACCUAGGCGUUUGAAACGAUCGAUCUUUCUUGUAAUGGUCGUGAUCGAAUCUUCGCAGCUACGACGACGACGACGACGACUCACACAGACCAUCAGAGUCGGAGGCCCAAUUCACACGCAGCUUGGUUCGGCUUAGAUUCGGCGAUUGUCGGAAUUUGGUGGAGACCUGUUUGGGGCAGGCUCGUCUCGUCCCGUUCAGAUCGUGCUGGAUGGUCGCUCGUGACGGUCGUCGUCUUCUUCACAGAUCGUAGGUCGUGCGCGAGUGUAAGUGUGUGAGCGUGAAAAAAGGUGAAGUGGGUUAUCUAGCUGGUGUAAUUUUGAGUCACUACCGGGGGUCAACGAAAGGUGACGAACGAAGAAAAAAAAAAGAGUUCCGGCGAUCCUCAGUCUAUACCAGGAGUUUAUAGAACUUUGAAGUAGAGAUCCACCGUGAAAAUGUUGGCAGUGGCGGGUGGAGUGGCCGCCCUUGUGGGGCUGGUAAUCUUCUUCUUUAUGAAGUCCUCGAAGGAAAUGCCCCGGAACUGGGCCCAGCUGGUGACCGAGCUGAAGAUGCAGCAGUGCGGAUUUUUGGCCCUGCUGGAGGAUGCCUUUCUGCGCGGAUCGAACAAAGUUGAACUCUACAAACAGCCCGGAAAAAUUGCCCUCCUCACCGGUGGAAACCGUGGCAUCGGGCUGCGGAUCGUCAAAAAACUCGUCGAAUGUGACAUCGAGGUGAUAUUGGGUGUCCGCAAUCCGGUCGAGUCGAAAAAAGCCGUCGAAAAGUAUUUGGAGCACGGCAAGGUGACGGGGGCGAAGCUGCACUUUGAGCAGCUGGACAUUGGCAGCAUGAAGUCGGUGCGGGCGUUCGCCGCCAGGGUGCAGGCCAAAUUCGACAAAAUUCACAUUCUCUUCAAUAACGCCGGUGUGAUGUGCGUCCCGUACAAGCUGACCGACGACGGCUUCGAGUCGCACAUGGCCAUCAACUACUACGGCCACUUUCUGCUGACCCACCUGCUGCUGCCCCAGCUGCGUGCCGCCGGAACGCCCGAAGCCCGGUCCCGCAUCGUGAACGUGUCCUCCUGCGUCAACAAGGUCGGCGAGAUCGACUACGCCGACAUCAAUCGAAGCAAAAAUUACUACCCCGCGGACGCGUACAACCAGAGCAAGCUGGCCCAGGUCCUGUUCGCCAAGCACAUCAACCUGCAGUUCGAGAUGGACGAUGUGCCGGUGCAGGCCCACUCGCUGCACCCGGGCGUCGUCAACACGGACCUGUUUGAGCACUCCAGCACCAACUACGUGCCCUGGGUGCGGCAGCUGCUGUUCAAGAACCCCGAAGAGGGCGCCCGCACCGUCGUGUACGCCGCCAUCGCGCCCCAGCUGGAGGGCAAGGGCGGCACCUACCUGAGCAACUGCCGCGUGAUGACCUGCCACCGCCACUGGAAGAACUCCGUUCAGUGCGAGAAGCUGUUCCGCUUCACCUGUGAUACGCUAGGCAUUAAGAACUUUUACGGCAGCAGUGAGCAGUGAGUUUGAGGAGGCGGAUGAUAGAUUUCUCGAAUAAGUUAGCAUGAAAAGUAUUAAGGGGAAGGGGAGGUUGAAUAAAAACUGUCUCAAAAUAAACAUCACAUUCAAAAGCGA